CAUGCCUGACUCAUGACGAAACAUGUCUGGCAAUGGGUUCAACCAAUCUUACAUUUUCCUCUGUUGCAAAUCUGUAUGACUAGAGAGACAUCAUGUGGACAACAACAGUAUUCCCUCACCUCUAAUCUGCACAAGCUUGCGACAGAUGGUCACUUCCGACACUGAUGCUGUCAGCCGUCCAGUGUCCACAGAUGAGAGGAACGCACGCAUGAGUAGGAUGUCCUCAACACAGCAAAGACAGAGGGAACAGAUAUAACUCCUCCACCUAGAAUACCAUACAAAGUGACACAUCAGUAGCAGUCUUAUUUCUUCUCAUCACAGAUUGUAAUUCUGGAUAAGCCUCAUGUCCGGUGCAGGGCAGGAAAUGGUCUGAUUCAAACACAUCUCACAGGAGCUUCCUGUUUCCUCAGCACUUACAUUCUAACAACAUGAAGCAUUCGUCACAUUCUUUCAUUGAAUUAAUGAAGCAAAGUCCUGUCCCAAUGGAAUACUGACAAUAUACUGGCUUGGUGUUGACGUAUGCUCCCAAAUGAGAUUAAACCAGGAAAAUAACACGGUUACACGGAUGGCCUUAAUUGCUAAAUAAAAGCACAGUAAUUAUCCAGACCUGUUGAACGGUUGCUCCAAGAUGGCAGACCCCAGCUCACUCUUGGUCACUGAUGGGGCAGUGCUGAGCCAGGCUGAAGUUGAUCAAUAUAUCCUCUCUGGCUUGGCUGAAGUGGAUGCAUGUGAGUUGGGGUUCACAAGGAAGUAUGACCUCAUCCCAUCCAUCGUCUGCUCAGUAUGCCUUUUGUUAGGCCUAAUCUACUGCUUUUUUGGAUACCGCUGCUUUAAGAUGGUCAUGUUCCUGUCAGGCUUCAUGUUUGGAUCUGUGCUAGUCUGCCUGUUGUACCUUAAGGAGCCUGUGCUGGAUACCCAGUUGACUAUGGAGACCAAAGCAGGUAUCCUCCUGGGAGUGUCUGUACUCUGUGCCCUGGUAACUAUGCUGGUACAGACUGUGGGGCUCAUCAUUACUGGCCUAGAGCUGGGGUUUCUGCUCACCCUUGCCAACCUACUGGUUGUCAGACAGUUUUACAGUCUUACCCCACUAUGGGUGCCUAUCGGUGCACUCCUAGCCACGAGCACCUUUUGUGCCACUCUCACACUGCAGUGGCAGAAACUAUUCACUGUGCUCGCCACGGCUGCAGUCGGAGCCGCUGUGGUGAUGGCAUGCGUGGACUACUUUGUAGAGACGUCUCUGCUGGCUGGCCAUGCGUACGACAUCCUGUCUCAGGUUCCCCCUCGGCCCCUCUGCUGGUACAGCUGGGUUAUAACAGGCGUGUUUCCUCUAUUUAGUCUGAUGGGGGUAAUGGUGCAAUGGAUGCUCACUGCCAAAGGACUGUCACACACAGAAGUACCUGUCAGUGGACGACAAAGACAGGUCCAACUGAUGCGAAUCAGACAGAGAGAUGCCCAGAGACGACCCCAGCUGGGCACUUACCGCCAUCGCAAGCCUCCAAUUCUAAAGCGUUAUGCUGGAGACAUCCUGGCCCCAAGUUACAUCCAGAGCCUUCGUGACCGCCAGAUGGGUACAGGCUCCUCUAGCAGCAGCAUCAUCAGCAACAGCACAGUCAACCACACCACGAUAGACUUCGACUUUGAGACAGGCUUCAUGGUUCCCCUAAAUGCCUCCUCUCUAGUCUACAGGGUCUGAGGGACGAACACCAAAUAGUAGGCAUCACCUCCCCAUUCCACUAAGAUGCCCAACACCUCUCUCCAGCAGACAAUUCAUACACUGCUGUAAAAAGAAAAACAGACUGAUUCUUGAGACAAGAGAUUCAGCCAACUAUUUCACCUUGUUGUUUUGUUUAUUAUUCUGUCUUUCUAAAAGGUUUCUGACAGUCAAUCGUAAUAUAGCCAUUGAUCAUUCCUCAAAUAAAUAAAAUUGCUUUAUUUUGGUCA